AUGAUUAGUCAUUUAACAGGUUUUUUGGCAUUAGUUAAGAAAGAAAACCCGGAUAUUAUUUUCACUCACUGCUUCAUACACAGAGAAGCUCUCGUUGCUAAAUCUUUGAUGCCUGAGCUCAAUGAAGUAUUGCAAACUGUUGUCAAAAUGGUAAACUUCAUUAAAAGUAAACCUUUGAAAUCAAGAUUAUUUAAUCAAUUUUGUUCUGCUAUGGAUAGUGAGCACACCCAGCUUUUGUUUCACACAGAAGUAAGAUGGCUAUCUCGUGGACGUGUCCUACAAAGAUUUUAUGAACUUAGAGAAAAGUUAUUAUUGUUUUUUACUUGUGAAGAAUCAAAAUAUGCUGAUUUUCUCAGUGAUGAUUCCUGGUGUGCCAAAGUAGCCUUUCUAGCAGAUAUAUUUGAAAAACUGAAUUACUUAAACAAGAGCAUGCAAGGAAAGCAAGAGAACAUUUUAACAUCUACAGAUAAGAUCAGUUCUUUUCAACAGAAGUUGUUACUAUGGAUUUCAAAAAUUGAAAAACAGACAAAUUGGGAUAUGUUCUAUCUUGUCAAGAACUGUCACGUUAAUUCAGAUCUUACAAACUUAUUUUUAAAAAGUCUACAUUUGCUUUAUGAAAAUAUAAAAAAGUAUUUUCCGUCUUUGGAUGUCUCAUCGAUGGACUGGGUGAGAAAUCCUUUCAUUGACUCAGCAUAUGAGACUGCAUUGUUUACCACUGAUGAAGAAAGUGAAUUGAUUGAUAUAAAAAAUGACCGUGGUCUUAAGCUACAGUACUCUAGUUGA